UGUCUUCUUCAUCUCCUCUCCUGACUGAACAAUCCAUUUAUCCUGUUUCUUUCUCAUUUCUCUCAGUUUCCCGUCCAGCUUUCUCGCCCUCCAAACAGACAGCUAACCGCAGCGAAGAUGGUGAGGGACGACCUGUACAUCACGGUCCCCAGCUUCUUCAGGUGCCCGAUUUCUCUUGACGUCAUGAAAUCCCCUGUGAGCCUGUGCACCGGAGUAACCUACGACCGCUCAAGCAUCCAGAGAUGGCUCGACGACGGCAACAACACCUGCCCCGCCACCAUGCAGGUCCUCCACACCAAGGAGUUCGUCCCCAACCGCACUCUCCACCGACUCAUCCAGAUCUGGUCCGACUCGGUCCAACGCCGUGUCGACUCGCCCGAGUCCUCUCCUCCGAAGCCACUCCUCUCUCAGGACCAAGUCCUCGGCCUCAUUCGCCGCCUCGACCGCCACUCGGACUCCUCCUUCGACUCUCUCUCGAAGAUCGUCUGCUUCGCCAGGGACUCCGACGAGAACCGGAGAUUCCUCACCGGAGCCGACGGCUUCGUCCCGACGCUGGUCGAAUUACUCGCCAAUGCCGGUGACGGAGCUUCCAGAAGCCUCGAUUUGGCGGAGCUGGCGGUCCGGGCUCUGGACAUGAUCCGCAGCGAGAUUGCAGACACGGAGAAGCUCGCGACGUCCAUGCUGAAGCAGAGCCACUGCCUGCGGUCUCUCGUCCGCGUUCUGCAGAGAGGUAGCGUGGAAUCGAGAAUCGGAUCGGCUAGGAUUUUGGAAGCAAUCGCGGUAGACGCGGAGUCGAAGCUGAUAAUCGCGGAGAAGGAAGAGGUUCUGCAGGAAUUGCUGAAAUUAAUAAGUCCGGAGAAGGAUCGGAGCCUAAUGGAAGCCGGAUUGUCGUGCUUGAUCGCAGUAUCAAUGGCGAGAAGAGUGAAGGUGAAGCUGGUGAAUCUAGGAGCGGUGAAGUCGCUGGGGAAAUGUCUUGAAGAGCAGAAUCUGAGCGUGUCGAUGACGGAGAGAGUGCUGAGGCUGCUUGAGAGGGUUUCGUCGGUGAAGGAAGGGGUUUCGGAGAUCUGCGGAUCAGAGCGUGAAUGCGUGGUGGAUAGAGUAGUGCAGAGGCUUAUGAAGGUGUCGAGUGCGGCGACGGAGCACGCCGUGACAGUGCUUUGGGGCGUGUGCUAUGUCCACCGGAACAGGGCGGCUCAGGAGGCGGUGGUGAAGGCCAACGGCGUCACCAAAAUUCUACUUCUGAUGCAGACAAAUUGCUCGCCCGCUGUCAGACAAAUGUCGGCCGAUUUGCUUAAGAUAUUCCGCCUCACCUCCUCCAAUUCAACAUCCUUCAUUUCCUCUUAUGACACCAACACUACUCAUAUCACGCCUUUCUAAAUUGUUCUCAACUCUCUUCCUAAGCUCUUGUAAAUCAUCAAAAACAAAAACCAAAUUUUGUUACUUGUUAGUGAACAAAUACAACAACAACAACAAA